AUGCAUUCGUUCGGGUACAGAGCCAAUGCCGUGCUCACCUUCGCCAUCACUAUUCUCGCACUGAUGUGUGCCAUGGCCUCUUUCUCCGACAACUUCAAUACGCCAUCUCCCACCUCACAAGUCCAAGUGUUGAACAUUAAUUGGUUCCAGAAGAAACCCGAUGGUGAUGAUGAGGUGAGCUUGACAUUGAACAUAUCAGCAAACUUAGAUUCGCUAUUUACGUGGAAUACAAAGCAGGUCUUUGUAUUUUUGGCUGCUGAAUAUGAAACUUCUACAAAUGUGCUUAAUCAGGUAUCUUUGUGGGAUGGUAUUAUACCUUCCAAAGAACACGCUAAGUUCUGGAUUCACACAACUAACAAGUAUCGUUUUAUUGAUCAAGGAAGCAAUCUAAGGGGCAAAGACUUUAACUUAACACUGCAUUGGCAUGUCAUGCCUAAGACGGGCAAGAUGUUUGCCGACAAAAUAGUCAUGAGUGGCUACCGUUUGCCACAGGAAUAUAGAUGA